AUGAAGAUAAAGUGUGGUCAAUUUUAUAUUGACGAAUUUUGGAGGUGGUUGUUGCUCACAAGGGUACCAAUACAAAGGAAUCGUGUGCCUUUAGUGGAAUCUUUAUUAAUUAGCAGACAAUUCUCUUCAAAUCAUCCACUAGCUAACAAUGUAUCACCUUUAAUCGACUCAAACAUAAUAAACAUAAAAAAUGAACGAGCUAAGCGACUGUUAGAAGAGCUGUCUUCAAAACAUCCAUAUUUAUGUUCUUCAAAAACAUCUGGAAUUGUGGAUUUUGUAAGAAAAGCCAAAGAUAAGCAUAAAGGAAGCUUGAUACUUAUAAGAAAUGGAAGGACUUAUCAAGCCUUUGGUACCGAUGCCAUUAUCUUUGUAGAACAUGCUGAUCUAACUCCAAUUGGCAAUACUCCUCAUAUUGAAUUCGAUCAAUCAGAACUUCAGGGGAUUUUAGACAAACUUAUUAACAGAGGAAUAGAUGUUGUAAUAUAUCAGCAAGUAACAACGACGGGAUUGUCAUUUACUAACACUGAAACAAUGUCUAGUCAAUCGUUCGCACUCUCCCAGAUCAUCUCAAGAGAUGCACCGAUAUAUUCUGUGGAUCUUGAAGACGGUGAUAUUCUGUCUAAUUUAACAUCAAACGAUAAAGGAGUAAUAGGAAUUGCUCAUGGAAAAUCUGGCUUUAGUAUAUCACUCAUAAAUUUGCAGGAAAAAACAGUUGAAAUACACAAAAACCUUACAAUGCUAAAUGCAAUAGAUGUGAUAAGUUCCAACUUUAGCAGGGUUAUGAUACUACAAGAUACUUCAACAAAAGUUAAUAUGCUGUUCAGACAGUUCCCGUUCGUGAUAUAUUACCAAACUCUGCAGGGACUUUAUGAAGAUGAAGAAUUUCAUAAAGCAGCGUGUGAUCACAUAGCUAGGCGUCUAAAAAUAAGUCCAAAUUUCAAACUUUCAGAAAAUAAAAGGGAAGAUAACAAUGCCUUUAAUCUAAAUCUGGAAUGUGCAAUAGCUUUAGGUCUUUAUGAAUAUGGUAGCAAAAGCAUAGGUCUGCAUGAUUUUGUCUUGCCUAAAGAUUCCUUACCAUGCACAAAAGGGUACAUGAAACUACUUAUGCUAAAACCGCCUCCUGAAAAUAUACGUGAAAGCAUUAGAUACAUAAAUUUGAAAUUAUCAACGCUAAAUGUACCGCUCUUAAAAUUAAAGCCUUUGUCAACUACUAACAUGAACAGUUUAUGCUCGAACUCUAAAGUGGAUCCGCAAUUCUAUAAGGAUAUUUAUCAUGAUUUGAUGGCCUUUAAUCAUUAUAUGGAUUCACUCUCUACAAAAUUAGUAAAGAACAUUUUUAAUGUUGUAAUGCAUGAUUUAAAGUUGAAUUACAAACUAGGACCACUACAAAAAAACAUCAAGAAUGCACUCAAAAUAAUUGAAUAUUUUAUAAAAAUUGAUAGCUCUGAAUUGCCCAUACCGCUCACCAAUGUAAAAGCACUUGAUAAGUUCUUUGCUGAAAUGGAAUAUCUAGUAGGGCAAUUCCAUGAAGAUAUUGUUAAAAAGCAGCUGGAAAAGGUGGAUAGUGCGGCAUCCGAGUUGUUAAAUUCCAUAUCUAGUGAUUAUUUUGGCUCCCGUGUUUCUAAUGGAGAUAUAUACAAACUAACAAACUCCAAGGAUAUACGUGAGAAAGUAUCAAGGAAACUUGAAAAAACAAUUAAAAGAAUGUCCAUAACUCCUAGUAUAAUGGUUAACAAACAUUCUAUCUUUUUAGAAAAACCAAAUGAAUAUAUGGAUUCUACAAAGAUGUAUACGAUAGAAAUCAAACUGAAAAACCAGUUGAAAAAAUGGUAUAUUAGUCACAACGUUGAGCGGUUCUUGGCGAAUUACAAAAAUGUAUGCAAUGCAGUCCAUUUACAAAUUGAUGAAAUUUUGACUUCUAUGACAAGAAUGUUGUCACCGUACUCUCAGUCUAUUGAAAUCGCUUUUCACUUUUUAGUAGUUUUACAAACAUUUGUCUCCCAUGUAAGUAUUGCAAAUUCUGGAGGAUGGGUUCUGCCUACUAUUUCAAGUGAUAAAAAAAUCUUAAUACGCAACUUGAAGCCGUUUUUCGUAAAUACCUAUGCUAUACCCAUGAAUAUAGAAACUUGUGGAUUAACGAUAGUUACGGGUCCAAACAAUAUUGGUAAGACAACGUCACUAUUGUCCGUAUUAGCAUCAUCAUUAAUGUCUAAUAUUGGACUUUAUUUGCCCUGUGAUUCAGCACAGAUACCAGCAUUUAAUAAUUAUUUUUUUCUUUCACCCAGCUGCAUUAAUGAUACUACCCGCUCUACACUCCAAAACAACAGCUCUAUUAUUAGCUUACUCAAUAAUGCAACUACAAACUCCCUUGUAAUAUUGGACAAUCCUGGUGCUGAUACAUUUUUCAAUAAAAGUAUAGGAAUUAUAGCGGUUAUAAUAGACGAAUUGAGCAAAAUUGAUUGUAUAAGUAUGAUUUCAACCCAUAAUUGUAAAUAUGUUAUGGAAAUGGUAAAGAGAUCCGGAAAUCUCCCGUUUUAUAAACAGCUAAUAAAAACAAAUAAAGUGAUCACAUUAGAAGAAGGCCAUUAUGAAAACGUAGGUUCAGAAUUAGUAACGAAUGAAUUAGAUGAGAAAGUAAACAAAUAUUUGGCCUGUUACGCAAAAUUAGAUGACAAUAUGAAUAGUUCGGAAUCCAUUAGCAUUCCAUAUACAAAUGAAAAACCUAAAGAUACAAAACGUGAUAGAAGAUCAGAUACUAACAUAAGAAAAAUCAUUGGAAAACAACAAGGCUAUCUGUCCAAUGCAAUGACUAUCGUUUUGAGAUGCAUAGAAGAUUUAGAAUGUUGCAAUAUGGAAAAGGAUGUUAUACAUUUAAUUCCCGAUAGUAUCCCACCUCCAUCAUACAAUUAUAUACCAGUUUUAUAUGUCAUAAUGAUCCCAGUUGAAACGGAUAGAUCUAAUGAACGUGGAGUGGGCGUGUAUGUCGGAGAAUCAGGAAAUAUAAUAGCUCGACUUGUUGCACAUAGAAGCAAAAAAUCCACCUCAGUAACGAGGUACUUCGAAGAUACUUAUAUGAAAAAUGAAAAAGAAAUGACGGAAUAUCUGUUGCACAAAAACAACUUCAGUGAUAACGAUCAAAAGGGAAUUCUAAAUUGGGAUAAAUCCCAUGCUCUCAUUGUUAGGCUUAAAACAAGAAGAGAGACUAAAUUGUAUGAAAAACGAUUGAUAAAAUCAAUGUACAAAUACUAUAAACAAAUUACGAUUCUAUCUCACAGAGACGGAGGAGAUAGGAUCAUAUCGGCAUUAGACUAA